CAAUGGGGGGACAUCGUUCGUGGGGGUGGGGGGGAGCUACUCAUUAAUUACCUUGAAAAUCAUCAGACUCAUCCAGUGAGAUUAAUGAUGUCUGUUUAGUUCAUCAGAUGAGUGAAGUCAUCAAGUCCCCCGACGUGCUAUAGAGAGCGUUUCUACAUCCUCAAGUCUGAAGUUCAAGCAUCUCUGCGCCUAUGUUACUUCAAUUUCGAAAAAGGCCUCUCUACCUCUGCAACCUCUACUUCAAGUCUGCAACCAUCCACCGCCUUGUCAUCAAGGGUGAAAGUCCCCCUGUCCGUCACUUCUGCCACGUCCUCCCCUACGGCUUUAAGACUUACAAUGGUAAGAUGCCAGGCACACGGACGACCACAGCCAGCCACAGUGUCAUAUACAACAAGGAGCAACCAGUGCCCAAUCGCUCCCACGUCCCUAGCUCUCCCCCAUCUGCAAACAGCGGGGCGACCUUCCCUCCGCACCUGCCCUCUGGCGACCCCGAGGAACGAACCGAUUCCUCGGAGAAACUGGACGCCUGGCAGCCAGUAGAGGGGAAAAGAAAACGGAGGAUGAGGAGAAAGGAGAACGGGAGAGGACUGACUGAAGCAUCACCGCCGCCACUCCCCCAGACGUCGUCCACAGCACCGCAGCAGCAGAGGACACAGCCGCUGGCCACCGGACCUGAGUUCGGCAACAGCCCGUUUGAGUGCAAGGUGUGCUACGUCGACUUCGACGACUGCGAACGCCGUCCACGGAACCUUCCCUGCGGCCACGCCUUCUGUACCCGCUGCAUCGCCAGUACCAUCAGGAAGAACUCGCUGCUCUGCCCCGCCUGCCGCCUGCGGUACGCCUGUACGGCCGCUACUCAGUUUCCCAUCAGCUAUAUGGCCGAAGAACUCAUGAAGUCUCUGAGAGAGAAUCACAGACCGUCAACAGCCGGCUCCGAACCUCCUCGGGAUAGCCAGAAAGUCAUUGAAAUGAG